GGAUAAUGUUUCUCAUUCUUUUCAGAUGAACGUGGUACCUUCAGGCGUUUGGAAAUUGCUCCCAAAGAUGAACCAGACUUGUGGAUGUGGACAACAAAAAAUGAGGUCUUUGCUGMUUUCUUUUGAUUUUCCCACGAUGUCAAGCAAAGAGGCACAGAGUUUGAAGACCAUGUCUCCAAAGGAGAAGUCAAAGUUUGGGGACCAGGCGAAGCAGGACACAGCUCGCUAUGAUUUGGAAAUGAUGAGCUAUGGUCCUCCUGUGAAGAGGGUCAAGAAGGAUCCUAGUGUUCCAGAGAGACCUCCAUCAGGGUUCUUUAAUUUCUGUGCUGAGCAGCACCCCAAGAUCAAAGCCCAACACCCAAGCUUUGGCGUUGGGGAUGUGGCCAAGAAGCUUAGAGAGAUGUGGAACAAUUUGACAGACUCCAAUAAGCAGCCAUAUAUUGCCAAAGCCAACAAACUCAAGGAAAAAUACCAAAAGGAUGUGGCAGAUUACAACGGAGGAAAAUGGGAACUGGGCGGGGCAGGAGACGACGAAGACGACGAUGAGGAUGACUAAUAGAAAAGGGUAUUGUGGUUUAAGACACUGGCAAUGUAGAUGUGAGCACACAUAUCUGUAAGGGUUCACCUGUCCCAGAAGAAAACAUCAAAUUGGUUUUGAAACUGGUUUCUCGCUGUAGUUUCUUUCUGGCUGUCAUUUUGAGUCAUUAACACUUUGCUCUGCAGUGUUUUUCCUGAUCCCUUUGCUUUUUUCAGUUGAACAAACCUAUUCACAGUGAUGGCAUAAGGGUUAUUACCCUAUACAAUACUUGUAUGGUGAUGUGUAUGCUACUAUGUGGUUAUUGAAAUAGAUUUAGAUUUUAUUUUUCUAUUUGACAGGGAUCCACAUUUCAUGGAAUUGUAAGUUUGCGUUUUGAGGGAAUUGUAUGUGUUUCUAGACACAAAAUCCAUAGACUUGAGGCAGAUGUCCAGUCUGACAAUCAGGUAUUCAGGUAACAUUGCCAUGGCCUAUUAUGCCAACCACCUGUGUGUUUGAGGCAGGACAGAUCCAUUCCACUGUGUUAUGGCUGAAAGGAAUGAUGAUGAAAUGGGUUCUGUUUUGUUGUUAAUUUGGAUACGUGGAAUGACAUUUUAGAUUUUAACAUUCCUCCAUCUCUUGACCAAUGGUGACAAUACAUCUGUUGGACAAGGUGGGAGUUUCUUUGCACCUGCACAGUUUGUUUUCUAUGCCUCUGAUCUAAAAAAUAAAUAAUUACGUUUUUACA